GCGCGCAAACCGAACUUACACGCUAUAUGCCUCGCUCACCGAUCUCACACCAUGGUAACCCGGAGAUUCAAUCUCCCCUUUUAUUCGCGAACCCAAUCCGACGACGUCCCUCUCCAAAGCCGAGGUGUUCGCGAAGAAGACACCGAAGAUGAUGAAAUGCCGGCAACCGCGACUAAGAGCCCCACAGGGGGAUGGCAGAACACAUGGCUUUAUGAGGUUGCCUCAACACUUCGAGUCUUAGGACUACAGCUAUUUAUUCUUCCACUGCGACGGUGGCUAGGCACGACUCGAGAAACGCCUAAAGUCGCUGUACGCGGCAGCCAUAUCGCGGCUUUGCUUCGUUCCCUCGUUCACCUUGUCCCCAUCGCAGCGUCUCUGGCUUUGGUUAUUCUGACCAUUCAAGGUCGGUACUUGGGUGCCACCGUCAGCAAUGUCAGCUAUUUGCAGUUCGCUGCAAAGGCACAUGAAAUACUGAUCCAAGCAUCUCUAACCUAUAUCAUUGGAAAUGAGAUCGGUCGCCAGUUAACAAGCAUGCGCGGUGUUCCGUUUGGUCUGAUAUUUUCCGCCGCCAAGAUCACAGACGUGACGUAUUUAUGGUCUUCGGCAUUUGCAGGGUCAUUUAAGUCUUCAUUGGGUCGCAUGAAGAGAAGUCUCGCCACUGUAUUCAUGGUGCUCGUUGCAGUGAUUCUGGCAACUGGCGCUGGUCCGUCGAGCGCUAUUCUUAUGAUUCCUCGCGUCGAUUCAUGGCCCGCUGGGAGUACACGCUUCUGGGUCAACGCCCCCGCGAAGGAUAUCUGGCCUGACAGCUUGGAAGCAUCUAGUUUGAUGGAUUCAAAUUCUUGCCGACACAUCGAGGAUCCACUGCUUAGCAAUGACUGCCCAGGAAGCGAGUACGGGCAAUUGCGAAGUUAUUUCAUUCUUCAGGACCACACCAAUGUCCAAGAGAACUACCAAAGAUACUUUGAAAGUUAUCUCACCCAGCGACCGGGAACCUCGGCAAGCGCCCAAGUAACGGGGAAGAACUCGCUUCGAUCCCUAUCCAUCAUGAACCCAAAAUACGUGAACGUGCAGAAUAGGGCAUUUGCUACAACGGCAUCAACCUAUGCUAGUGCUCCUCAGGCCGCCAUCACAGACGCUCUCAUCUCCAUGGCAGAGAUGUGGGGUCUCGCGCUUGGUCAAACCACCGACAUGAAGACGGUUGAGCCUGGGGUAGGCGGCUACACGAUCAUCGGCAGAGACGACUCAGAAGACCUACCGAUAAGUAGUAAUCAGCUGGUCUACCAUGUAUUGGAGGGCCCCUACGACCAAGCCUACGUGACUAGCAGAUGCAACGGCAUGUCGGUCAACACUACAGACCUGAAAAGCCCAGCCACUAUCCCAGUAGAACUUGCUCCAUCAGGCGACUGGACCCAGAGACCCCGAACAGCCAACUGGGACAGAUAUCACGAUCCUGACAAAAACUGGUCCGAGAUUCCAAACACGAACUGGUCUUCAGUCUUCUCUAUAGAGGGUAACGUCCACGAUUACCGGAUAUGGUGGCUUGGACUGGACAUUCAUGCCAUACCUGGGUCUGAAAACAAUGUGGCUGCCGCUAGAGACUCCCUUUUGGCCUUCGUCAUUCCCCCGAACACCUCGACCAGCUCGGAGUAUCCAUUGAAUGUGUCUCUCUGUUCCGCCAGCGCUGGAUGGGCCAGAAGCACCCUGAAUGUAACAACUGAUGCGCAGGAUCCCAACCGAGUAUCUAGCAGCCUCAACAAGGCAAACCAGUCCACCGUCGCAGGCGCCUACAGAUGGUUUCGACAUGAUAUAGACAACUCACGGGAAGCCGCAGGCACUGCAUUCGAUUACCCUGCUUUCCCUCAACGACCUAUCAGCAUCGCGCAGUCCUGGCUCGACCUCUUAAACCCUACCGUUCCGGCCGCGGACAACGUCACGCAGAACACAACGGUUUUCAACUCUUUAGUCCGCGCCUCAGGGGUCAUGUCAAACGACACAAUCACGCUUGCUACUAUUAUCUCGAGUAUGCUAGCGAACGGUAUCUCUCGCGCAGGUUUCUACGGCAACUUAACCGGUACCGUGGCGACAGACGCGCUCCCCAAUCAAAAGGACUCAACGCGACUGUCUCAUCGCUGGCUUGAAGAUAGCGAUGUGUUCAGUGUAGAUGCCGACAGAGCAGAUGAGUAUACAAUGUUCAAGAAAGACACGUUUGUCGUAGGCUACUCGUUCAAGAUGCGUGGCACGCCGUCGGUCCUCGCGGUGAUCGUUCUGUUGGCUUAUUGUGCCUUGGCGCUGGGAUACACUAUCUACACGAUUAUCAUUGGCGUGAGUGCUGAUAAUUGGUCGUCUGCGAUGGAAAUCACGGCGCUGGCAAUGAAUUCGCCUGCGUCAGAGGCGCUGAGGAAUACCGGUGCAGGCAUCUCGGGUACCGGGGUUUAUGGCGCGCAGGCGACAGUGCGUGUCCUGUCUGGGAAGAAGGAGCUUGGGGAUUCCGAUUAUGAAAAUAUUCAAGACGAUGGAGAGGAGAGACUGGCGCUUAUUUUGGACGAAAGGGGCUCUGAGGUCAGAUCAGAUGUUGGACUCGUUAAGAGGAACGUGGAGUACGGGUAGACUGAACUCCGAGCCAUGAAUGCUUUGUACGAUGUCAUGAGUGUAGAACGAUGAAAAAU